AUGGAUUUCGCAGCCCUCAUGUCCAAGGAGCUGGACAAGUCCAAAAAACCCACCACCACAUCGGCCUCCUCCUCCUCAUCGAAAUACAUCAAACGAGCCGACGUGGAAGCGAAGCGCAGGCAAGACUACCUCGCAGAACAGGCCCGCGUCGAGGCCGAGCGGGAAGCCAAAGCCGCCGCGAAGCGCAAGCGCGAGGAGGACGACGCCGCAGAGAACAAGAUUCGCGAGGAGAAGCGACAAAAGCUCGCCGAGGAGUCGCGGCGGCGGCGCGAGGAAAGGGAGGCGGAAGAAGAACGCGCACGACGGAAACGGCUGGGGCUGCCGGAGCUCGUCAAGGCCGUCUCCGAGGACGAUGAUGACGCCGCCGUCGAGCAAGGCAUGGAGGACGUGCCCGAUGGCGAACUGGCCGAGAAGCUGCGCGCGCUGGGUGAGCCGGCGACGCUUUUCGGCGAGGCCCACGGCGCGAGGCUGAGGCGGUACCGGCGGCUCACGACGGUGGUCACAAAGGGUCCCAUCCCGACAACGCUUCAGCUGGUGGAGGAGAAGGACAUGAAGGUGGACGCGGCGGUGCCGAAAGACAAGGACGGGCGGAGGUGGCUGUUCCGGCAGCUGGCUUCCUACUUCACCAUGGUCUUGACCGAGUACGAGAAGGCAAUGGAGGCGGAGCGGCGCGACACGACGGCGAGCAAGACGGCGUACAGCGCCAUGCUCUUCCGCAAAUUCGAAAAGUACGACCUGGACGACGACCUCCUCGCGCCCAUCAUCGAAAUCGUAAAGGCCGCGCAGGAGCGCCGUUACGUCGACGCAAACGACGGCUACCUCCGCCUCUCGAUCGGCAAAGCCGCCUGGCCCAUUGGCGUCACCAUGGUCGGCAUCCACGAGCGCAGCGCCCGUGAGAAGCUGCACGACGGCGAGCGCGGGCACGUCAUGGGCGACGAGGUCACGCGCAAGUACCUGCAGAGCAUAAAGCGCCUCCUUACCUUUGCGCAGGUCCGCUGGCCGCCCACCGACGUGCGGCAGUUGAUGGGAUGA